AUUUUCUAACACUAAAAAAUAAUGUCUUCAGUUCGUUAGUUGGACCAUUCCUUUGCAUUAUUUUAUUUCUAUUCUCAGAGACUCAAAAACCAUUGCUGUCCCAACUGUACGAUUUUUAAAUCAGCAAAAAAAGGGCAUGGGAAUUUUUAGUUUAAAAUAUUCAGUUUAGACCUUUUUUUAACUUAAAUUGUUUCCAGUAGCACAUUUCAUUUUUUUAAUAGUGAGAUUAUUCAUGUGCCUAUAAAUAGAGCAUUAUCAUUUUGUUCUCCUUUUCAUUCAUAUCUCCAUACUGAAUCUGAGUUUUAUCAUCUACUUCAAAGAUUAAUUACAAAUGGCAUCUAAGGAAUCAGCUGAAAUUCCAUCAUUUACGACGGCUCUUCCCACAUUAAGAUGGUGGACAAAGGAUACGGUUGCAAUCGUGACCGGAGCUAAUAGAGGGAUUGGUUUUGCACUGGUGAAAAGGCUGGCUGAAUUGGGAUUAACUGUGAUUCUAACAGCAAGAGAUUCUUCAAGGGGAAAAGAAGCUGUUGAAGCCCUCAAAUCCAUUGGACUUAGUAAUAGUGUUCAUUUCUUUCCCCUUGAUGUUUCGAACCCUUCUUCCAUCACAAAGUUUGCAUCUUGGUUUCAAGUCAACUUUUCAGCAUUGGACAUUCUGAUAAAUAAUGCUGGAGUGUCCUUCAAUGAAAUUGAUGAGAACUCGGUGGAGCACGCAGAGACAGUAAUUAGAACAAAUUUUUACGGACCAAAAUUACUGACUGAGGCUCUAUUACCCAUCUUCCGUCGGUCGACUUCUGUGGGUCGAAUAAUAAACAUUAGUUCAAGACUUGGACUAUUAAAUAAACUACAAAAUCCUAUACUACAAAAAAUGCUUAUGGACGAAAACAACUUGUCGGAAAAGCAAAUUGAGAAAAUGGUGACAUUAUUUCUUGAAGAUGUGAAGAAUGGGAAAUGGAAAAAUGGAGGAUGGCCACAAGUAUGGACAGAUUAUGCUGUUUCAAAACUUGCCCUCAAUGCAUAUUCGGUCGUGUUAGCUAAAAGUUACAAGAACUUUGGGAUAAGUGUUAAUUGUUACUGUCCUGGUUUUACUCAGACUUCAAUGACGAAAGGAAAAGGUAAAUAUACCGCUGAUGAUGCUGCCAAAGUUGCUGCAAAUAUUGCUUUGUUAUCACCUCAAAUUUUACCGACGGGUAGAUUUUUCACUGUUAGCAGUUCAUGUGGAACUUUUUCCAAAUUGUAAUGCACUAAAGUGUUCGAGUUACGUCGUCGACUUAAUUUUAUCCCGAUUCAUAGCGAAUGGCGUUUCUAUAUUUAUAUUUUUUAUUUGUUAAAUCGAACUAGUUUUUCUUUUUG